GUAGGCUGUCCAGAUCAUUGGAUAAGAGGAGGUCAUUUUUGUUAUUUAUUUGCUAAUAAUAGUGAAACUACCUGGUCUCAAGCAAGAUCUGUUUGUCAGAAAGGUGGCGGUGAUCUGCUGAAACAAGAUACAGCUGAUAAAAAGUACUGGAUAAGCCAACAGAUAAUACCUUCAAGAGGAUAUUGGACUGGGUUAAAUGAUAGAGACACAGAAGGAGAUUACAAAUGGGCUGAUGGUACCAAAUUAAAUACACAGUUCAUUCAGUGGGAUAAAGAACCUAACAGUAAUGUUGAAGAAGCUGAUUGUGGGUUGAUAGCACGGGAUGGAACCUUUGAUGAUGUCAGUUGUAGCCAGAAACAAGGAUAUAUAUGUGAAUAUGUUAACGAUCCAGGAAAUAAAUGUUUACCUGGAUGGCUUAGUGAUGGUGGAUCAAAUUGUUAUUAUUUUAGUUCUACUAAUAUCACAUCCUUAACGAUGUGGAAUGAAGUCAACCAAGCUUGUUUAGAUCAGGCACAUCUAUAUAAUGAGGAUCAACAAGCUGGCUAUUUAUGUCUGGAUUCUAAAGAUGAAGUUACAUUUAUAAAUCAACAGUUGGCCAUCCAACCUUUAACCUAUAGAAGAUGGUGGACAGGGUUAAAUGAUAGAACUAUAGAGGGUCAAUGGGUGUGGCAGAGAGAUUAUGACACUGUUGUAAAUGUAGAUAUAAUGUAA